AUGAGUUGGUUCAAUGCAUCUCACCUGUCCAGCUUCGCUAAACAAGCUUUAACAACAGCUCAGAAGUCAAUCGACCGUGUUCUGGACAUUAAAGAAGAGGACCAGUGGGGUGACACGACUGUAAUGCCCUACGAUGAUGUUACAUUACCUGGAAAGCUGUCUUUAAGUGGAGGAUGGGGGAUGACGCAGUGGGAAGCGCCCCCCGAGGAAAAGAUCACCGCUCCUCCUCCCUCCUCUGAGGCCAUUACUACCCCUGUCACCCGCACAGUUGUGGAUGAAUCAGAAAACUUUUUCAGUGCCUUCCUGUCACCCGUGGAUGUACAAGGUGUCACCAAAACCCAGGUAGUGUCUGUACCCCCUACUAAGUCCCAAAGGCGGCCUCAGGAGAAGGAAAAGAGAAACAAAGAGGCUGUGAUCCAAAAAGACCUGGAGACUCAAAAGUCGGCACCUGCUGAUAAGAGUCAUGAGAAUCAAACAGUUUCUGAGAGCCAGCUGGUGGAGUCCGAGUCCUUACCUGCAGCACCUUAUUCAGACACUAUCCUCCUGCAGCCAGUUUCUCCUGUUUCUUCUUCUAGUGAUCUUGCUUGUGACCCUGACAGCAAAACGAGUAGUGUAAAAACAGAUGUUGGCUCAACAGUUUCUCUAGACUCAAAACCGGAGGAGUCGCUCACUCCAUCAGAACACCAGGUUGAGCAGGAUACCACAGACUCCUCGGAACCUUCUGCUGUCACUUGUGAACCGAAGAGCUCGCCUCCUUCUGAUCCUUCACCCUCCCCAUCCUCUAAGGAAGUACUCCUAGAGCAUAAAGACUCAAAGGUGGAGGACCGUCAAAAUGAUACCCCCUCCCCUCCAGUAAGUGCUUUCUCCUCAGGAACCUCUACCACCAGUGACAUUGAAGUGCUCGACCACGAGAGUGUGUUGAGUGAGAGCUCAGCCAGCUCCAGACAAGAAACAGGUGAGGGCAAGGCUGGCCUUCACUUAAUGCAGGGCUCUUUCCAGCUUCUCACUGCCUCCACCUGUGGAGAUUUCCCCCGACUGGAGGACUACCCCAAACUCACCGAGAGCUGCGGUUCCUCCUCAGAUGCGUUUGAACGCAUCGAUUCAUUCAGUGUGCAGUCGCUGGAUAGCCAAAGUGUCAGUGAGGUUAACUCAGAUGAUGAGAUCCCUGGCAGUCGGACACUAGCGUCUGUCACUGCAGGUCCUGCUCCUCUAACAGUGUCACCAGCUGUAUGUCAGAAGCAGGAAGAUGGAGUGGUGGAGAAGGUAGGAAAGGAGGAAAAGGAAGAGGAAGAGGAAUUCACCGAAACGAUGAGGGAGCAGUCGGUGGAUGAGAUGGAGGAGAGCGGACGGAGUGCGACACCUGUGAAUAGUGAGCAGCCUGAAGAGUUGACAGAGCAGGGACAGGAAUCUGAGGCUAGCGUCACUCUGUCUGAUCCCUCCUCCAACGCUGAAGAACAGAUCACUCCACCAAUCACAGAAGAGAUGAAAAGUGUCUCCACAGUUCAGAUAUUGGAGCUUCAAAAGGUCAUUGAUGAGCUGUCAGGCCGCCUUGAAAAGAGAGAGUCUCAGCUGCUGGGAGUCAGCAAAGACAAGGCCAGGCUGGAGGAGGAGUGUGACAAUCUCAAAGAUGAAGUGAUAAGCCUAAAAGAGGAGAGCUCCACUGUUCAGUCCCUAAAGGAUGAGUUCACCACGCGCAUAGCAGAUGCUGAGAGAAAGGCUCAGCUGGCCUGCAAAGAGAGAGAUAUUGCCAAGAAGGAGAUAAAGGGUUUGCGAGAAGAGCUCUCUAUGAGGCUGAACUCCAGUGAUACAAUGGAGAUCAUCAGAGAGAAGGAGGAGCAGAUCAGAGGUCUGCUGGAAGAGGGUGAAAAGUUGUCCAAGCAGCAGCUGCAGCACAGCAACAUCAUCAAGAAGCUGCGUGUGAAGGAGAAGGAGAGCGACACAAAGAUCACCAAGCAACACAAGAAAAUCAAGGAGCAGGAGGAAGAGCUUAAGCACCUGCAACAGGUUUUAGAUGGGAAGGAGGAGGUAGAGAAACAGCACAGGGAAAACAUCAAGAAGCUGAACACUGUGGUGGAGCGGCAGGAGAGAGAGCUGAGCAGGGUGCAGUCAGACUCUGAGGAGCUGCUGGAGAAAAACAGAAGCCUGCAGGCCGCUCUGGACAACUCUUAUAAGGAGCUGGCAGAACUCCACAAGGCGAAUGCCAGCAGAGCCAGCGAGGCUGAAGAAGCAGCUCUGAGCAGGGAAACGCAGGCCAAGGAGCAGCUGAGCCUGGCACUUGAGAAAGCCCAGGAGGAGGCCAGAAUGCAACAGGAGGCCCUGGCCAACCAGGUGGCUGACCUGAGACUGGCUCUGCAGAGGGCUGAGCAACAGCAGGCAAGGAAAGAAGACUAUUUGAGGGAGGAGAUCAGUGAGCUUCAACAGAGGCUCCAGGAAGCAGAGACUAGAAACCAGGAGCUCAGUCAGAGUGUUACCUCGGCAACACGGCCCCUUCUUCGACAGAUUGAGAACUUACAGGCGUCAUUGGGUGGGCAGACAGCAUCCUGGGAAAAACUGGAGAAGAGCAUCUCUGAUAGGCUAGUGGAUGCCCAGGCACAGCUGGCUGUUGCUGUGGAGAAGGAGCGUUCAGCAACGGAGGAUCUGCUGGCCAUCAAGUCCCAGGUGGCCUCUCUGGAGUCCCAGAAUUCCUUGCUCCGCCAGGAGAAAGCCCGCUUCCUGGCACAGCUGGACACUGAGAAGAACAGGAGAGAGAAACUGGAGGAUGAGAGCAGCAGGGAGCAUGUUGAAUUGGAAAAUCUGCGAGGAGACCACAGUCGAAUGCUAGAAGAAGCCAAGAAGGAAAAGCUCCUUCUGACCAAUCAGCUAGAAAUGGAGAAGAUGAAGGUGGAGCAAGAAAAGAAGAAAUGCUACCUAGCACAAGAGGCACUUAAGGAAAAGGAGCGGAAGACUAUGACCCACUCUGUCGGAGAGCCCCCAGCAUCUUCCACUCCCUCCCUGUCUCGCUCCAGCUCCAUCAGUGGGGUGGACAAUGCUGGUCUGCACACCUCUAUUCUUUCCCAGGAUGACUGUUUAGACCACUCACUAGGCACCAUGACCAUGUCUGUGUCAAUGAGCGGGACCAACCUGUAUGAGGCUGCAAGACUGUCUGGAGGCUCCAGCAUCAUAGAGAACCUCCAGUCUCAGCUCAAGCUGAGAGAAGGAGAGAUAGCUCAGCUGCAGCUUGAAAUCUCUAGCCUGGAGCGGAGUCGCUCUGUGAUGGCAGAAGAGCUGGUUCGACUCACCAAUCAAAACGAUGAGAUGGAGGAGAAGGUGAAGGAGAUCCCCAAGUUGAAAAUUCAGCUCAAGGAUCUGGAGCAGAGGCACAACACCAUCCUACAGAUGUAUGGAGAAAAGGCUGAGGAGGCGGAGGAGCUGAGACUGGAUCUGGAAGAUGUGAAGAACAUGUACAAAACCCAGAUUGAUGAACUGCUGCAGAACCAGAAAUAAACCGUUUUUACUGCACUGUGUUACUUCUGGGACACUCACAAUUAAAUCAGUCAAUCAUCUUAGCCACGAACGCAUUCACAGAAAAAGAUAAGGCAGGGAGUUGAAGUUUAAUCCUUAUGUCAAAAUAAAAUUCAUUUAUCUUUAUCUAUUAUUUUAUUUUAAUUAUCAUAUACUCUAUUUAAGUGGGGUGCUGGGAUUAUGCAUAACAUACAUUGCAUUAAUACAGAAUCAAUAUGAAGGAUAGCCACAGUUUUUGAUUCAGGUGUCCAUUUGAAAUCUUUCGGAGUUUGUACAGACUUUGCUUUAGACAUAAUUUCUCAUGAUGAACCUAGUAUUGUAUAGACAGUUUAUAACUGUAGGAGAUUGUGACGUUUUUUUGCACUAUACAAAAUCACCCUUGUUUAUUUCUUGAUGCAUAAUCAGAAUGGUUUAAGAAAUAUAUAAAAAUUUGUACAGAGAAAUUUAUGUAUGCUAAACUCCUUUUAAAAAUUACAAAAUGUGGUGUAGACCUGAGAGUAGUCUGUGAUCAAAAUCCUGAAAAUUGGAUUUUAAAUUAUAUAAAUAUGUAAAUGAGUAAACAUUUAUUUGGGUGGUGGAAAAUACUGUCAUUGUUAAUUUAAGUUAAGUGGAAUCACAUUGGAAGUCAGCGUUUUCAUUGCCUUCACACAAAAUACAUUAUCGCAAUGCUACUCAAAACUUUCUCAAAUAAAAUUUCCAUGU